AUGCCUGCUGCCGUCACCCCAACUGAUAUCCAGAAGAAGGCGAGGUUCCACAGCAUCCAUAAGGCAGUAAAAACUGGGAACGUCCGGCAGCUUGAGGAGCUGGUAAAGUCCGGAGCCAGCAUCAAUGAGGUGGACCCAAUCUACAAGUUUACUCCCUUGCACUGGGCUGCGCAUUCGGGGAGUCUGGAGUGUCUUCAUUGGCUGCUGUGGCACGGGGCCGACAGGACGGAUGUGACGAUAAGGGGAUGGACCGUGGCUCAUCUCGCUGCCAUCCGGGGUCAGGAUGCGUGCAUGCAGGCCCUGCUCGUCGACAACGUCAAUCUAGGAGCCCCGGAUGACCGAGGCUGUACUCCGGCACACCUAGCAGCGACCCACGGACACUCCUACACCUUGCAAACCAUCCUCCGGAGUGGGGUGGACGUAAACGCUUCUGAUAAGAAUGACUGGAAGCCCAUUCACAACGCCGCCUUCCACGGCCGCCUCGGUUGCCUUCAGCUUCUGGUCCGUUGGGGCGCCACCCUAGACGAUGCAGAUAACAACGGGAAUUUCCCGGUUCACCUGGCAGCGAUGGAAGGGCACCUGCCCAGCUUUAAGUUUCUCGUGAACAAAAUGCCGACUUUAACCCACUCCUUGAAAGCCCGGAACGACCAUGGGGAGACCCCCAGGGACCUGGCGGAAAGGUUCUACAAAACAGACAUCGUGGAGUAUAUUGAUAACCUACAGAAAGAGAAAGACAGGCCAAAGAAGCAGGAAAAUUUAACGUUUCCGGGUCAUGAUGCUGCCUUCCGAGGGGACCUCGAGACCAUACGAUCGUUGCUGGAGAACCACAUCAUCAGUAUCAACGAGCGGGACGACAAGGGAUCGACUCUCCUGCACAAGGCUGCCGGGCAAGGUCAUUUGAAUCUGAUACAGUGGCUGAUCGAUAGAGAAGCAAAUUGCAACAUCACCAAUGAUGCGGGAGAGUCUCCAAAAGAUGUUGCUAGGAGGUUUGCCCAGCUGGCUGUUGUGGAGUUUUUGCGAGAGAGAAUGGGAAACGACUCCGACGAGGAAAUCGAUGAUAAAGAGAGGCGGUUCUUCGAAAGGCAUGCCGUGGAAGGCAGCACAGACUGCAAGGGCGACGUGGCCCUGGACAAACAGAGCAAAGCGGACGCUCGCGAAAGGGCCUACCAGAAGAUCGAAGAGCUGAAAAGACUCCUAGAAGUCGCCACCAGCAAUUUCAGGCAGCUGGGAGGAAUAACCCCAGAAGACCGAGAGAAUAAAAAAGCUGAGAAAGAAUUCGAAAAAAAGAUCAGGGAGUUGGAGAAUCAGCUGGAGUACGAACGGAUCCGGAGGGAGAAGCUGGAGGCCGAGGUGGACGAGUCCCGGGAGGAGAUAAUGAAGCUGAAAGAGCUGCAGAGCAAAGAGAGCAAGGAACAUCCCCCCGUCGCCAUGACCGCCGUCUCUGUGGCCAGCAAAGUGACCCCGGAUCCAGGCCGAGAGAAAAAGAAAGUGAAGAGGAAACCCCUCUACAGCCCGGGGGGGAUUUUCGUGAAAAGGUACUAGGGAGGAAGGAG